UGGCGAGGGCCGGCGCGGCGACGGCCGCUCUGCGGGCAGGGGCGCGCGUGGUGGAAGGCAGGAUUUUGUUUAAGUCUGGACGGAGGUUGAACUUUAACAGAAAUGGCCGCAGUCCGGCCGGUUGCACGGGUUCUGCCAAGAGCCAAAAAGGUUCCCUGUGGCCCCUGGCCUGGCUUGGAAAGGAGAAGUGCGGUGUUUCUUGAAGAUGGAUUGCGUAGAGUGUAAAUCGAGAUGUUAGUCCACACCUACUCAUCCAUGGACCGGCACGAUGGCGUGCCCAGCCACAGCUCCCGGCUCUCCCAGCUGGGCUCCGUGUCGCAGGGGCCGUACUCGAGCGCGCCGCCGCUGUCGCACACCCCGUCCUCGGACUUCCAGCCCCCCUACUUCCCGCCCCCCUACCAGCCGCUCCCCUACCACCAGAGCCAGGACCCCUACUCGCACGUCAACGACCCGUACGCGCUGAACCCGCUGCACCAGCCGCAGCAGCACCCGUGGGGACAGCGGCAGCGGCAGGACGUGGGCGCCGACGCGGGCGCGCUGCUGCCCCAGCCCCGCGCCGCGCUGCCGCAGCUGUCGGGCCUCGACCCGCGCCGGGACUACCACGCCGUGCGCCGGCCCGACGUGCUGCUGCACUCGGCGCACCACGGCCUGGACGCGGGCAUGGGCGACAGCCUGUCCCUGCACGGCCUGGGCCACCCGGCCAUGGAGGACGUCCAGUCCGUUGAAGAUGCCAAUAGCAGCGGCAUGAAUCUAUUGGACCAGUCUGUCAUUAAAAAAGUUCCGGUUCCUCCCAAGUCCGUGACCUCGCUGAUGAUGAAUAAAGAUGGCUUUCUGGGCGGCAUGUCGGUCAACACGGGCGAGGUGUUCUGCUCGGUGCCCGGCCGCCUGUCCCUGCUCAGCUCCACCUCCAAGUACAAGGUGACGGUCGGGGAGGUCCAGCGCCGGCUCUCGCCCCCCGAGUGCCUCAACGCUUCUCUCCUGGGCGGCGUCCUCCGGAGAGCCAAAUCGAAAAAUGGGGGGAGAUCUUUGCGCGAGAGGCUAGAAAAGAUCGGUUUGAACUUACCUGCAGGCAGACGCAAAGCUGCAAACGUCACGUUGCUCACCUCUUUGGUGGAAGGCGAAGCUGUUCACUUAGCUCGGGAUUUUGGGUAUAUCUGUGAAACAGAGUUUCCUGCCAAAGCCGUCUCUGAGUAUUUGAACCGGCAGCACACAGACCCCAGCGACCUGCACUCUAGAAAGAACAUGCUGUUGGCCACCAAGCAGCUUUGCAAAGAGUUCACCGACCUGCUGGCGCAGGACCGCACCCCAAUCGGGAACAGCCGGCCCAGCCCCAUCCUGGAACCCGGGAUCCAGAGCUGUCUCACGCACUUCAGCCUCAUCACGCACGGCUUCGGCGCCCCAGCCAUUUGCGCAGCCCUGACAGCCCUGCAGAACUAUCUCACCGAAGCCCUCAAAGGCUUGGACAAGAUGUUCUUGAACACCACCUCCACUAACAGGCACACGUCUGGGGAAGGCCCAGGUAGUAAAACUGGCGACAAGGAGGAAAAACACAGGAAAUGAAAAAACAAAUAAUAAUUUAAAAAAAAGAAGGAAAAAUGUUUUAAAUACAAAAGGAGAACAGAACAAAAGUUAAUUUUAGCUUUAAAACAAUAUUGGAUUGGCUUUGGAAGAAUUUCAGUAGGUAGACGACACAUACAAUCAUGGAGGAAAUAAAACACAAAACCAAGUUUAAAGAGACGAGAAAGCUAAAUAACUUACAGACCGAGGCUUGACCACGGCGUCGAUGUCGCUUCUCAAUGCCAAUGUCAAGAUGCCCUUGAGGACUGCCCUCCGGACCUUCUACAAAUCUGUUUUUUCCAGCCUAGUCAUACCGAUAAUAAAAGACACUAUGGUGUCCCCCUUACCCUUUUUGGAAAAUAAACCUAAGACUAAACGUGAAACGACACUAACUUAUUGGAAGAACAGCGGAGACGCGUUGGUGGCAAGACCUUUGAGAGCGGGUUCACUGAGAUGCACGAACUUUUUAAUUCUUAGGUUUUUGGGUUUGGUUUGGUUUGGUUUUUCAAAGGCAAUCCUUGAAGCUCCCCUCUCCAUUCUCCCCCCCCAUCCUUCUCCCCAGCCAGCCUUUUUUUCCACGCGGCCUUCCUUUCCCUCACACGGUGGUGGGGAGCCCGUGGGGGUGCAAAGGAGUGUGAUCAGCCCCUUUGGGUGGCUUUAGCCCCCUCCCCCAGCAGCCCCUCCCUCCCUCUCCAGGCCCAGAGGGUCCCAGGUCACCCACCUUGCAAUUCCUGGGCCGUGGGUGCUUAAUUAGGGAGGGCCUGAAACGGGUGGAGUAGGGGAGGGCGUGUAGGAGCUCAUCCUCUACUUGUUUAUGGUUCCCGCCUGCAGAACGGCAGAGGAAAUUCAAGGCAAAUAACUUGGUUCAGAUCCCUCCUAAAUUCCUCUCACAAAGGUGAUGCGUUCCCGGCACCUGCAGCGAGUUUCGCCUUUGUCCUAACAUUUGUGUCAUCUACCAAUUUUAAGAAGUAGAGUAAACACACACACACACACACACACACAAAUCCCACCACCACGAAUACAUUGCUUAGUAUGUAAUUCCUUCCAGGGGUAUGUACCGUUUCAUUCUCUUCUGUUUCCCAAAGCGUUGCCCGCAUGGUUUAUGAGCUUGUUCAAAGAAGACUCCAGCUUCCUACACAAUCUAUAAGGUACUGACACACACACAUACACACACACACACACACACAAUCUGGUUUAUGGUUUUUAUUUUACUUUAUUUUAAUCAAAGCCAGUGUGCCAGGAUUCUGCAGGCUCUCUUUAAAGAAGCUCAAAGGGAAUCAUUGAGAAAUUGGCCAGACGGGGGCUAGCAGCUUUGAAUCAACUUGGUUAACCAAGCCCCUCCGGGGAAGGGGUGGGGAGGAAAAAGCAACUUUCAGAGGAAGCAAAAGGAAGGGCUGUAGGAGUGCAGGACUGUGGUAGCUUAGAUUCUCUGACCCUGGGCUCUUGUGUGUGUGUGGGGAAGUCUACGGUUUUAAUGGGAAAAGCACUAUUAUUAUUAUUGUUAUUAUUUUGCUGACGGGAAUGCAGGAGGGGUGGCAUGGUCAGGUGUCUGUGCAGCCGUUGCCUGCCUGCAAGAUAUUUUAUGAAUGAGACCCCCCCACACCCUGUGAUGGUCUAAAAUGGUUAGCUAAUGCAAAACAAACGGGCAUGCAUUUGGGCUUUGAGUCGUCCUGCUCAGCUACCCUGGGAAUCUUUCCAGGGGAUUCCUUCUAUGCACUUAAUAUUGCUCACGUCUGUGGAGCCCAGCUUCUUUCUCAGGCCCCAAUCUGAGCCUUCUGUCGAAAUAAAAACCUGGACUUGGUGGGAUAGGACUCUUCCAUCCAGUGCAGAUGCUAGCGUCUCUGUAAAGUGGUGCAGGCAGGCCCUGGGCUAGGGUCAGGGCGAGGGUCAGCCUGGACAGGCGUUGAGAUGUUCUGCUGGGCGAGGUGUUAGUAAAGUGAGGAGAGCUUUCCUGGAACAUUUGGGUGGCAGGAAGGUGGUUUUGGGGUCCCCAGCUCCGUUCCUCUUCUGGGGCCCACACCACCAAGCCCCCCCCUCCACGUUCUGGAAAGUGUGGCCCUCACUCAGCCCUCCCCUCCCCACCUCUGAGGCUUGGUAUGUGUUCUGCUUGCUGGAGGCCGGGGAACGGCACUGAACCCAACGUCUCCUUUCCUUGCAGGGCAGCGCGCCCAACGCGUGUGACCUGCGAGGAGGAGGAGGCGGUGGACUGGGCUUGCGCCCCGGCUCUCCCCAGGCAGCGGCUGCAGGCUCGCCCUCAGCGCUCGGCCCUUCUCACGGGGCCUCAACCCCCAAGGGCUUAGGCGGCUGAGAACACCCAGCUCUCCUCUAGGUAAAAGGGCAGAGCCCCCCCGGGCUGCAGGUGGGAGGGGUCCCUCCACAGCACAGGCCUUUGGCCACCAGUAGCUACCCAGCAGAGAGGAACAGAAAGAGAGAAAGAGAGAGAGAGAGAGAGAGAGAGAGAGAGAGAGAGAGAGAGAGAGAGAGAGAGAGAGAGGGACAGACGAUGGACAGGUUUGGCCCCAUGACCACAGCUUCUGCAGUUGCAUUGUCCCCAUACAUUUUCCAGGGACUCUUAGGGCUGGACCGGGUGCCCUGGGGCACCCUGUGUUCCCCCCUGGGGAGCCACCUCCCCCUUCACCUCUUUUCCUUUCAUGUAGGACCCUUUGCUUUCCUUAGCCAGGAUUGCUACGCUGAUCUGAUAAUUGAGUUAUUAAAAGAUUUGGUUUCCUUGGGCUUAUAAAUCAAUAAACAGUAGGAUUAACUCAAGAGUUUGCCUUUUAAGUGGAGGGAAACGUGGAAGGCCCUUUGAGCUUUGUUUUCAGACCAAGCAGGUGAGGUGUGGCUGGGCUGUCCCGUGCCCUGCCCCCCCAGGCAGGGGUGUCCCCCACGCCUGCUGGGGGUGGGGGGCUUUGCAGGUUCCCAAACCCUUCUGCACCCCCCUCACCCCCAAGGCUGGUCAUGAAUGAUCUCCUAUUUUCUCUCCUUUCUGGCCUUCAAACUCCUCCACCUCCAUUUCCCCUCCACCCCCAUACACAUAUUUUCAAAGACCUGAGGUAUGUGUCCUUGGGCCCCGUGAGAUCACUUUCUCUCCAGGAGUUGGAUAGGAAUGAAUGGAUAGAACCUCAGUCUCCGGGACUUACUGCACACACCAAGUUCCUCUGUGCAGGAGUCCUGGUUACCAGUGUCGAGGAGCACAUUUGUCAUCACCACUGAUGUCUUGUACUGUGUAAUUGUGGGAAGGAAUUAGCACCCUUAGACCACCUGAUGUCUCCUCCAACCCCCAAUGGUGUGGCCCUCCUUGCUUGAUGGGUAUUAAAUUAUGGGCAGAAGAAAAGAGAACGAUUGGAAUUCAUUUUUUUUUGGUUUCUUUCAAAAACUGGAAUGAACACUAUCCUUUACAUGCCAAGCCCGACCACUCUUUUGAGCUGGUCUCUAAAUUACUAACCUUGUUUUUGUCAUACAAUCAAGAAGUAUCCAUCUAUUGACUCUUCAGCACAAAGCUGUAGAGGGUACCGGAGGCUUCAGCGUGUACAUAUUUAUUUAUGCUUAAUUUAAUGGGAAUGUGUAAAUAUGGCCAGCAAGUAGUUUGGGAUUAUUUAUCUGUGAAUCUAUACCUCUGUGAAUGGGUGGUUUUAAAAAAAAAUUACCGCUUGACCCUAGGUAGACUUCUAUCUGAACUUUUCUGUUCUUUAUAGACAAGCUGUUAUGGUAUUGGGUAGAAAUUGGUUUAUUGUCCAGUGUUGAUCCGAUUUACAUAAAUAAAAAGAUUGUUGUGUUUUUGUUGUGGUUUUACCUUCAGUCUCUUAAAUGUGAAUAUUGCUUAAUUUAGACAGAAAAGACAUGUUGCAAAGGCAGUUUUCUUUUUGCUUCCCCUGCCCCAGGGCUAUUCAGCAUUUUUGUUACAACAGGAUUAUAAUAAAUUUUGCUUAUCAAGAAA